GAAAAGAAUCCGAGAUUAUGUACAGCAGGUUCUUUGUAUGCUAAACAGUCGUAUUCGUUAGUCAAUACCCUGGGAUUGUAAGUGUACAUGAACCAACAGGAUUUUAAUCGCAAGCUUGCUUUGACAGCAGCUGGUGAAUGGAAGUGGCGAGGGCCGGAGAGAUGGGUCCCGAGAGAAUCUUACCGAACCCCGAGGAGGAUGCGCUGCAGGACCGGCCCUCAGACACCGCGGCGCCGGAGGAGUGGAGCGGAGAGGAGGAGGAAGGAGGCGCCGGAGACGAGGACCAGGGCAGUGCUGGAUACUAUUAUCAGCCUCUGAAUCAAGACCCAGACGGGAUGAGCGGCUCACACACAGAGCCAGCGGACGAGGGGACCACCGCAGAGCAGCUGCAGGACGUCCAGGACAGAAUAGAGGCCAUGGGUCUGUUCCUGCCCCAGCCGCCGCCCCCUGACAGCGACGAAGAGGAGGAUCCUGAAGGAGCUGCUGCCUGUAGAAGUUCUGCGUCCAUUCCCAUGGAUGCAGAUCACGUUGAGCUGGUGAAAAGGACCAUGGCGGCAGUAAAUUUGCCGACACUAGGAAUCCCUGCCUGGGCCCAGGAGAUCUCUGACGACCAGUGGAAGGACAUGGUCCAGCAGACGCUUCAGUCCAGACAAAGCUCUACAGGCCUGAGACUGGAACGCAAGUGAAACCGUUUCAAGAGCCUCAUCUCACCUACUGCACAUCUCACACUGCAGAAACAGAGCUUCUGACAUCUCAAACAAAUCAAAAGGCAUUCAUCACUUUAGUUGUGGUUUAUACAAACUGUGGGCUGAAAUUCUUGAAAUGCAAAUCUAAUAGCUUGCCUUUUAAUUGCUUUGAACUGAUACACAGCCAGUGUCCAGUUGCUGCAGUUACAGAGUAGGCAAAAACUGUCCUAAAAACAUCCCAAAUGUUUUUCAACCCAGUUGUAUUAAUGAUGCAGUGUGUUCCUUUUUCUUUUUCUUUUGUAAAGUGAAGAAUUUUGCAAAACUUAGUGGUCGCUUUUGUAUGACAGUAUAGACAUGUGAUGGUGCAUCUCAGUAAUACUCACAUCUCCAUUAAUCUGACUGUUGAUACCUGUGCAAUGAGUGACCGAUCCUUUAUAUAUAUCUCACACGGCUCGAGCAACACAAAUGGCCGUCACACCUUUUGUGUUUCUUUAUUUUUGUUCUGUACAUACAUGAACAUCUGUACAAAAUAUGACUUUCAUACUAUGUAAUGCUCAACCUAAUUAAAGUACAACAUAUGUACAUAUGACCUGGAAAGCAGCUUAAGAUUAGUGUCAGACUUGGGAAGGAGGACCGGGAGAGGAGGGAAAGGGACGGGUGAGUGUGGAGAGACCCAUACUUUCUUAAUUUCCCUGUUUCUUGUUGCUGCCGGACAAGCUGAACACCGGCCCCAUCCGCCUGUCAAGCUGCAUCGAGAAAGGAAGCGUGCUGCGUUCAAGAGUGACGUUGCCUCUGAUUGUUUCUGGAAUGUUUUGGUCUAUUAUUUAGAGGCAACAAGGUUGGCAAUUCAUGCUCUUGAUUGCACGGACAAGUAAUUCCCGUACGCUGAUAGGCCGAGGUGACGUUACAACACUUCAAACAGCUAAUGAUUUCAAGACUUCACCUCUGCACUGCACACUAAUAAGCUGUAAUGGCACGAGUUGAAACGUGCAUGUUUGGAGCGAUGGAAGAAGUGUAGCAGCUUGAAUGCACAGCAAGUGGACAUCAUUACAGCGAGACCUUUGAGCUGCGAUGACGUUUUGCAUUGUCCAGCAGCCUGUAGGAAGAGUAAAUGUUCCCUCACUAUUGGAAUGAUCAAAGUGACACUUCACGGGACAGACCUUUACAACAGAGAGGGGACAUCAUGCAUCAGAAUGGAGUCGUACAAGCAAACAGAAUGAAAGAAAAGAUGAACUUGGAGCA